UCUUUAUAUUUUUCCAUCUCUUUUGUGAAGAUUUCUCUAUAUUCUCUAAUUUUAUUCCUGUCUUCAUUGAACUUUCUGAGUUUUCUUGUAACUCAUUGAGUUCUUUUAUGGUAGCUAUUUUGAUUUCCCUGUCAUUUAGAUUGUAAAUUUCUGUGCCUUCAGGAUUGAUUUCUGGGUGCUUGUCAUUUUCCUUCUGGUCUGGAGUAUUAAUAUACCUCUUCAUACUAUUUGAUGGAGUGGAUUUGCACCUCCACACAGAGAUAGUAUCUGGUCACAGAUUCCACCUGCCACCACUUGGGGGGAGCACAGGAGCUAUCUAUUCUGAGCCCACCAUGAUCCCUAGCAGCUGUGCCUGUCCCUUUGGAAGGUGUGCUGACAGAGUCCAUCUAUGUUUGCCUGCUGGCCACGGCUGCUUUACAAAUGCUAUACUCUCGCAUUCUGGUGGGGGUUCCUUGCCUUGGCCAACUGGCCAAGCUGGUGCACCAGGCGGAGGGAGGAGCCCUUUCUUUUAUAUGUACAAUCUCAGGUUCAUUGCUGUCUUGUCUGCCCUCCUGGGCUGCUCGGUGUGGUGAAUUCACCCCCAUGAUUGCUUAGUCUCCUUGGUGUGGAGCUUUCCCACAGGUUGGGAGGCAUUCCUGGGGAGAACUGCCCCCUUCCCACCUCCUCUUAGAGCUGUGCACAGUCCCACACCCUGGGUCAGUGCUGUUGGGGGAGAAAGAGGAGAUCCUCUUACCUCCCUCCACUUCCUCCCAGAGGGUCCAGCCCCUCCACCUUCAGACAUAUGGCUCCAUGGGUCUCUCAUACAUCUAUUGUUUUGUGUGUAUGUCCUCUGUUGGUUUAUGUGUGUCUUUUUUGUUGUAUCUUAGCAGGAGAGUCUAAGGCAAGAGCUCACUCUGCCAUGAUGCUGAUGUCACUUUUUCUUUAGUUAAAUAUUGUCUUACCUUCUUUCAUUUUCAAUGUAAUAAUCUUUGGAUUUUGUUUGCCAUGCACAGAUGUCAUCUUUUUCUUUCACUCAUUCUUUCUUGUGGAUUUCUCAUCAAAGCAGCUGUGCCCCAGGCCACCUUCCUCACAUCGUCCAUCCUUCUGUCCUGCCUGCCUUCUUGUGCUGUCAGACCCAGCUCCAGGCUCUCUCUCAGCUUUGACACUUUUGAGGAAUACUGAUCAGGUAUUUUGUAGAAUGUCCCUCAGUUUGGGUUUCUCCUUUCUCUUUUCAUGAUUUGAUUGAGGUUCUGCGUUUUUUUGCCAGAAUACCACAGAAGUGAUGUCUUUCUCGAUAUUUCAUAUCAAAGGGCGUAAUGUUGAUGUGUCUUAUUACUGGUGAUGUCAACCUUGACCACCUGCAUAAGGUGGCAUCUGCUGAUUUUCUCCACUGAAAAGUUACUAUUUUUCCCUUUGUAAGUAGUAUCUAUUUGGGGGGAAAUACUUUGAGGCUAUGCAAAUAUCCUAGUUUUCCUCAUACUUUGCCCGCUAAUUUUAGCAACAUUGGUAGUUCUUCCCUGCAACAGUUAUUACUGUAGUUAUUUUUCUAUUUCCUUCAUUCCUUCAGCUUUUAUUAAUUGGAAUUCUGUAAGAAAGAGCUGUUCCCAUUCCCCAUUUACUUGUUUGUUCAAUUAUUUAUUUACAUCAAUAUGGACUCAUGGAUAUUUAUUUUGUUUUAUGGGUGACAGCCCAAUACUAUUGGUUUUUGUUGCUCCAAUUCACUUACUUUUUUACCCAUUUAUAACUUUCAUGGGUUACCCACUCUGUGUCAAGCAUUGUGUUUAGGGUUUUCAGUUACACGUUUAUGUAUGUUUAAUCAUUGAAAUAGUCCUGAAGGAAAAGUGUUAUUAUUCACCUUUUAUAGGUGAUGAAACCAAGUCUUAGAGAAGACAUACACGAGUUUCAGUGGCAGAACCAGAAGUCAAAUCCAGAUCUCCCCUGUUUACUUCAGGACACCAUGGUGGUCUGUACAGGGACUCCGACCUAUACAAGAAAAAAGAGAUAAUUAAGCAGACACCAUUACUGUAUAUAAAAUUCCACAUUCAAAUAUUAUCAAAUUUUAAAUGAGCCCACAGUUUAGCAAAUCAAACCCCAGCAAAUCACAUGCUUCUGCACACCAGCGACUUCACCAACAACUUGCUGUUCAGGCAUCUCUGUGGGCUGGAGCCACACAAAGGAACUCAAAGGAAAGAGGAGCAAAUUCCAUUCUGCAGGAUCCUGACUCAAGUCUAACAAGUGAGGAAGAAGAGGGAAAAGCCACUACAGAAUGAAAAUUCACUCAAGCUAUAGCUAAACUUAGCUCAAUUAUUUUCAUCCCUUUAAUCCUAACAUGUGACAUGUUCUUGGCCAAUGGUAAAAGAAAAAAUGAAUCCCAUGCCUUCCCAGUACAGGCAUUUAACUUCUUGUCAAUUGAUGUAUCUUAGGUUCAUCUGGAACAAAACAUCAAGCAUGAUUGUAUAAGACGACAGAUCUGCAAAUUGAGCCAGGCGGUCUAUGCUAUCAGAACUCAAACCAAUCCACCAAGCCACUAUUGACUUGCCGAAACCAAAAAAUGAGACCAUUGUGAAUAUUAUGUGUGCAUAUAAGUAUGGGUGUGUGUGAGUGUACCCCACACAUUCAACCACUUCCUGAUUCUACACUCAUGUUUGGUACAUUUACAUCCCAGCAGUUAAUGGGGAAAGGCAGUGAAAUACGAGGCAACCCCUAUGUACGUAAUAUUUGGUAAUGCCUAAGGAGGCUGUCCACACAGCAAUUAAAGAGAAAUGAAAGCAAGGACUUAAAAAAUCACUUUCUGAAGUUUCUAAUGAUAACACAAUACAACAGCCACUAACAAGUUGUCAUAUCCAUAUCAAUGCAGAACAGAGGUUCUCAACCCAAAGCUGUUUUGACCCCAAAGGGCCAUUUGCCACAUCUGGAGAGAUGUUUGGUUGUCACAACUAGGGGGCUACUACAGGCAUCUAGUGGGAGGUUGUGACUGGCAUGAGUGGGUAGAGGCCAGGGGUACUGUUAAACGUUCUACAGUCCCCCAGGACAGCCCCCACAACAAAGAAAUAUCUGGUCCAAAAUGCCAAUAGUGCUGAGGUUGAGGAACCCAAUUAUAGAAAUUUGAAAAGAACAAAUGAAGUAUAUUUGUAGACUUGAAGUAGAUUUAUUUAGAAGAGAGCAAUACGUGAAUGUUAAAGUACCUGUAAAAUGUGUAUCUGGCUAUCGCUCAAGAAUGUUGCCCCAGAAAUGUUUCACUUAUGACCUGUGAUGUGUAUGUCAACUUGGCUGAGCCACUGGAUGCCCAGAUAGUUGGUCAAAUAUUAUUCUGGGUGUUUCUGUGAGAGUGUUUUGGGGUGAGAUUAACAUUUAAAUCAGAGGACUUGAGCAAAUCAGAUUGCUGUUCACAAUGUGGCUAGGCCUUAUCUUGUCAGUUGAAAGCCUGAAUAAAACCAAAGGCUGACCCUCCCCCAAGCAAGAGAGAAUUCCACCUUCCAACGGAAACUCCUUCUGCCUGGUGGCCUUCAAACUGAGUCAGCAGCUCUUACUGCUCUACAGCAGCUUUGGGCCUUCAGACUCACGCUGGGACGUCAGCUUUUCAGAUUUCGGACUUGCCAGCCUCCUCUAUAAUCAUUCUAUCUCAGUCACCUGCAGGCCCCAAAUGAAGAGGACGCCCCAGGAUUGCCCGUCCAGACUGCCAGAAAACACUGCCGUGAAGCAGCAGCAGCUGCCGGCCUGCCGGCUACAGCUCUCAGCCACCGGAAUCCUCUCUGGCUUUUUUGCCACAGGAGUGUUCUGCCUUGGCAUGGGUGUCAUCCUUAUAUUGUCUGCCAAGAGCAGCAUGGAAAUAGAGAUUAAUUACACAAAAAUAUGUGCCAGCUGUGCAAAACUGCGGGAAAAUGCCAGGAAUUUCGACAAAGAGUGCACCUGCUCUAUCCCCUUUCACCUUACACAGACAAUGCGGGUCUUGGCUCAUUCCUACCUCAGUAAGGCCUGCACUGGCCAUCCUAUGUCAUGCUACAACCUGUCUGCUCACCCACCCUGCACUCCUGAUCCUGGUGACCUGCUGGAAUUUCAGUUUUUCCAUGGUACUUAUCACCUUCUAAUGUACUAUGGUAAUGUUUAUAUGUACUACAAAUUGUAUGGCUUCUAUCAGAACCUCCAUGGAUAUCUUCUAUCCAGAAGUAAUAGCCAGCUGUUGGGUACAGAUGUAAAGGAUGUUGAAACAUGUGCUCCAUUCAGCAAGUCCCACGAUGGAACCCCCAUUGCUCCAUGUGGUGCUAUUGCCAACAGCCUCUUCAAUGACACCAUUAUUCUUUCAUACAAGCUUAAUUCAUCUGUGCACAUCCAAGUCCCCAUGCUAAGGAGUGGGAUUACGUGGUGGACAGAUAAGUAUAUCAAGUUCCGGAAUCCAAGUUCCAGUAAUCUUUCUAGUGCGUUUGCAGGAACCACUAAGCCCCCAUCCUGGCCUAAGCCUGUCUAUGAGCUGGAUGAAAACGAUCCAGGAAACAACGGCUUCCUUAACGACGACUUCAUCGUGUGGAUGCGGACGGCUGCCUUCCCCACUUUCAAAAAGCUGUACCGUCGACUCAGUCGAACACAGCAUUUUAUUGAAGGUUUGCCCGCUGGUAAUUAUAGUUUCAACGUAAGCUACAACUUUCCAGUAACCAGGUUCCAAGGAGAAAAAUCAGUUGUUCUUUCCACCCUGACAUGGAGUGGAGGCCACAGCCUUUUCUUAGGUCUCGCCUACACAGUGACAGGAGCCAUGACAUGGUUGGCCGCCUUUUCCAUGAUGGCAGUUCACUUGAAGCUGAAAGGAAAACGUUUUUCCCCCGACGAUAAAGUCAAGCUUUAAGAAGAAAAGCAGAAAACACAGAAAUGGACAGUGAAGUAAAGACCCAAGGAUCUCUGAUGAAAGGAGGGGACGGGAGGGGGAGGAGGAGCUGGGGGAGGGGAGGAAAAGGAUAAUGUAUUGAAGUGUCCUCGGAAUGGGGAAGAUAAAUCAUCUUUGAGCUCAAAACCAAGUCUUGGGCCUUCGUUUGAAGCCCUUGUGCCUGAAGUGGGUGAACGCUAGGAGAGUGCCAUCCCGUCACAAGCUGAGAGUAAGGAAGGAAGCCUGGCGCCCCCAGGAUCAAGUGAGUCCUUCUAACCGUCAGUCAGACUCAGACCAUGAGUCUUCACUGGUAGGUUGAAAUUAUUCUAGACUUCCCAGCAAUUGUUGAGCACUGAAUUGAGCAAUUAGGAUGAUUUUUGAAAACUGAUUUAUUCAAUGUUCCCUUCUUUCUAUGGAGUCAAAACCAAGUUCUCUCUGCUAAUAGUAAACCAAGCAAAGGUUAUGGCUGUGCCCUGAGCACCCAAAAUACAGCAAUACAUCAAAAAGAAAGGCCAGAAAGGUCCCUAGAGUUAUCCAUGUAACCAAGAGGGAAGCACUGAAAAUGACUGAUUCCCUUAAAAACUGUCCUCAGCAUUUGAGGGCGCACGACAGCUCUAGGACUUAUAUUGGGAUGGCAUAUUCCAGAAUGCAAAUGAUGACAUGGAUUUAUGAUGCCUGAAUUAUGUGUGUUGAGGGAGCAUCUCAGGGUCCACUGUAAAAGAUCUGAAUUCCUGCUCGAGGUCAGAGGUCAGGUACAGAAGCCUGAAGGAAGCACUCAGCAGCGCUGCCAGGACACCAGGCCCCACAGCCAUGAGUACCAGGGCAGAAUAUUAUACCUUUAAAAAAUACGUGUAUAUUAUUUUAUUUUGUGAUGUAAAGCUUUAGUCUGUGAUGACUCCAGGAGCAGAAUUUUCCUUGUUAAAGAAAAAUACAGCACCAACACGUAUUUGUCUCUUUAGAAGCCAAGAAAGCAUUUUUUUUUUUUUUUUUUUUUAGAACUUAGGUCACUAAGUCACAAGCUGCAAUUGGAAUCACCUGAGAAUUUUGUUUGUUUGGUGAGGAAGAUUGGCCCUGAGCUAACAUCUAUGCCAAUCCUCCUCUAUUUUGUAUGUAGGACGCCACCACAGCAUGGGUUGACAAGUGAUUUGUAGGUCCACACCCAGGAUCUGAACCUACAAACCCUGGGCUGCCGAAGCAGAGCAUGUGAACCCAACCACUACACCACCAGGCCAGCCCCACGAAAGCAUUUCUUUGUUGCAUCUUUCUGUAUUCACCAAACAGUCGAGUACUUUUCCAAAAAAGCAAAAUGGUUUCAAGUACCAGCUCUGAAACCUUGGAUCCUCCCCUUAUCUCGCCUUCCAUCUGUAACCAGUGACCUCUAGUGACCAGGUGUGGAAGGCUGAGUAAUGCCCCAUUACAAACACACUCUUGUCCUGAUCCCCAGAACCUGUGAAUGUUACCUCAUCUGUCAAAGGAGACUUGGCAGAUGUGAUUAAGUCAAGGAUAUGGGUAUGGGGAGAUUAUUCUGGAUUCCCUGAGUGCGCCCAAUGUAACUGCAAGGGCCCUUAGGAGAGAGAGGCAGGCCAUCAGAUGAGUAGGAGAGGUGGCAGUGGGAGCCAGAGGUUGGAGAGAUGCAAGGAAGGGCCCAUGAUCCAAAGAAUGCAGGCGGCCUCUAGAGGCUGAAAAGGACGAGAGACAGAUCCUCCCCUGAAGCCUCCAGGAGCCCUGCUGAGCCUCUGAGGUGAGACUUCUGACCUCCAGAACUGUACAAGACGACACUGAUGCUUUGAGCACUGAGUGUGUGGUGGUUUGUCACAGGAGCACUAGAAUACUCCUACACCAGGAUUGGCAGUGCUCCAGGCAUCUGAGCAAAUGUUGUUUCUCAAGCUUAAGGGACCUGCCCAGGGCAGAGGGCUAGGAAGGAGCCGGGCUCACGUGUGAACAGUCUCGAGAGUCCACACGCCUCAGUUACAGUGCUGAUUGGAAAAAGGCACGAACACACUUGUUACCUCUCAACCCUGUCUGUCAGCUCAUAGGAUGCUGUAUUAGUCGGGGUUCUGCAGAGAAACAGAAGCAGUAGGCUGUGUGUGUAUAAAGAGGUCUAUGGUAAGGAGUUGGCUCACUGGUUGUGAAGGCGUGGCACGUGCACAAUCUGAGGGGGCGGCUAGUGGGAAGGAGUUGCAGCGGACGCCAAAAGGCAGCUGCUGGACAACCGGCUGAGGCCGGAAGUCUGUCGGCUGGAGAAUUCCCUCUUGCCCAGGGGAGGUCAGUCUUUGUUCUAUUCAGGCCAUCAGUUGACUGGAUGAGACCCACCCACAUUAGGGACGACAAUCUGUUUUACUCAGUCUACCUAUUUAAAGGUAAAGCUCAUCCCCAAACAGCCUUACACACACAUCCAGAAUAAUGUUUGACCAAAUAUCUGGGCACCACGGCCCAGUCAAGUUGACACAUAAAAUUGGCCAUACAGAAGGCAUCUGCAUUCACCAAGUAUCCGGACUUUUCCAAAACAGUCCACCUCAUUUCCCCUUCUGCUCGAGUUGGCUCAAUGGAAAGGACAUAUACAAACAUAAAUUUAUCCACAUUCAAGAAAAAUAAGUGGCCGGGAUGUGUGACAGAAUAGGGAGAUGGGUAGCUCCUGGUUCUCCACCGGUGGACAAGCGUGGCGGUUUACCCCGCGAUGCAGUCUGGAGCCGGCCUCCGUGUCCUGGUCGGGCAAGAGCGCUGGUCGCUCACAGCUCGCCCAGCCCACGGUGGUGAGCCCUGCCUUGCGGUUUUCUGCCUCUUCCCACCCCGCUGUCUUGGUCUUCUUCCUCCACUUUUCUAAUUCUGCAUCCUCAUGCUUUUGUAUGCUUUCAUGAAGGCUUGGAAAAACGGGUGCUAUUCUACUCUUUCCCCGGCUCCUGGCAACAGUUCUGGAGAGAGAAAAGGUGAGCGUGAAAUCAAGAGAGACAAAGAAGGAAAAUGAGAAUGAGUGAGAGCUGUGAGUGCGGCUGUGUGGAAACUGCCCUGGGUUUUAGGUGCUUUCAUUUAGGUGUGUAUCCUCGGUGCAGCGAUAAAAUUGGGUAGGAUGACAUCAUGGGUGGAUCAAAGUGUAGAGCUAACCUUUAUUUGAAAUUUGCCAGUUAUGGCCCUACCUCGUGUGACAGAUUCACAGUGCCAAGGAGACCAGAAUGAGCCAGCCGGGGCCCCUGUUCUGGGGGGACUCGUCUCACACGGACCUUUGUGUCCUGCCCACACACUUGCACUUGCCCGCGCGAUUGAGUGUGAACCCCACACUUGCCUUAUGUAGGAUUCUCUCCAUUUGCUUAGGGUCCAUGUGGCCUCCCUGUCUGAAGGGAGAGUGCUCCCUCCAGAGCCCCGAAGUCCACAAUGGGCACAGGGAGGUGUUCGCGUUGGUGAAACCCUCCCGACUUGGACACAGCACGUCAUCCUUCCUGGCUGCCCUAGGGCCUUCCCAAGGAAGGCUGGCUUCAUCUGGUUGGUUUCUUGGUAGACAGAGGCCUUACUAACCAAAUGGUAACAAAAGAACACCAGCUUCAGACAGCUGCUGGUGGUGUUCCUUUGCAGUAUGUCCAGCAGCAUCCCGCAGAGCUGCUGCCUGCCGUUGUCAGCAUCUUUGUCCCUGGAGGUUUGUGAGUGGCAGGCCUGCAGAGCAGGUUUCUCCUGGCUUCUCCCUGGGUGCGACACAGGGGAGCCCACUCCUCCUCUCAGAGCCUGGGAGCCACUCAGGCGCUGCGCCCGGGUCCCUCCAUCAGGACUGGCGCAGCCUUUUUGCUAACUCAGCCUUGGUUUGACAGAGAGAGCGCGGCCCUUGAAGUCUUUACUGCUACUUACCAGGUUUCUAAAAACUGCGUUCUCCUCUCACCUGUUUGCAGUGUAGGUCUUUGGCACUUCUUAGUUAAAUGCAUUUUAGGGUGAGCCCUGGCCCCUUUUUUAUCUCUACUUCUAACCCUGCCCCAUCUCUGCCCUUAAAAAAGCUAUCAGGUAAAAGGAUUAGAGAAGGAGGUGAGAUUAGGAGAUUUGAACUGCAAUGACUCAGCAGGAAGAGGAGCUCAUUUAAGGGAAAAAACCUGUGCUGCGUAGGAUCAGUACAGUGUCCUCAUUGUGAUCCUGAGGUGGUCCAUGACACGAUGCAGAGCCACUCUGACAGAUGAAGGAAGUCCUUGAAGUCUGGGGAGUGAAAUACCAUCUUGUAAGGAAUCUUCCUCUUCUGAGUAGUGUGGAGCACGUGUCCUGCUUCCAGAGCAGAUCCAGGUUCCUUACUCAUUUGCAC